AUGGCGCCAAACGAUGAUGACACUGCAGCUGCAAGGCGUCCACUCGGAGACGACAUCGAGGGCGAUAUUAUGAGGUUCUCCGAGUUGGACUUUGCGAGGCUUGGACUGGCAACAGAGCCCAACAAUCACCUCCUUGGUGCUGAUAAGCAGAAUCACUUCCUUCCCCUACAACCGUCCUACCCGGAUCGACAGUCAUCAAACACAAGCUUGUUGACUCCUAAUAUCACAAACUUGGCUUCUCCGGCAGCCCCAGGGGCCCUUCCACCUACAGUGUCCCAGGAUCUAUCCCUCGACUUCCAACCCUUGGAUCCAGCCCUAUCAUCCACAAGCCUCGUGCGAGAUCCCUCACGGUCAGAAAGCAGGGGAAGAUCUGGAAGAUCAACACGGCGCUCGGACUAUGUCAACUUGUAUCAGCAGCCUGGCCUUCUACGACGAAGGAGUCGAUAUCUCCGUCAACAACCUCAAACCCCCACCGAGCCGAUAGCAAUACCCACCCUGAACAAGUCAACAGAUAGUGGUUUGGAUCCUAUGCAAAGAUGGCAAGAUUCGCCACCAGAGGCCGAGGCGGCAUCUCUAUCCGCCAUAGUCGAUGCGCUGGAAAAGACACCACUGCGGAGUCGCUCUUCGGCUGGAAGCCCCGGCAGCCAACACUUUGGCAGUCGAGCUGCCUCGACAGUCAGUUUCGGAAGCGGAACAAGCUACUCUUCAGCUUCCGUUGCAUCCGCCAGCUCUAUAACCCACCGAAACCCACCCCGCGGACGAGUUACAAAACGAACGAGAACGCGGGUUGCAAAGGGCAAAGAACCGGGAAAGAGAGUCUUUCCUUGCACCUUCUGCUGCGAUUCUUUCAAGAGCAACCGCAAGGACCAUCUCGUCCAGCAUCUGAGGCUUGUUCAUCACGUUCAGACGAUGCCAAUCAUCGAUUCGUGGAAAGUGGAAGGACCAACUGUAUCAUCGAGAUGUGGCUUUUGCAGUAUCCAACUGCAUACUUGGCAAGAACGUGUCGAUCACCUCACAAAGCAUUUCCGAGCUGGAGCAACUAUGGAUAGCUGGAAAGGGGAGCAUUGCUUCGAGCCUUCUAUUGCUGCCCAGGUCACCAACGCCAUACCACCGUACCUCAUCGCAGCCGAGUCUCGAGCUCUAGUGCCGUUCUCUAGCACUGAUCCAGGGACCAAGGACCACCUGUCUCAGAUCAAGCAUGCAACUCAACAGAGCUUAGGGCAGUGGGAAGAUGGAGGUGCUAUGGCAAUAAGUGGCUCGGAACCAUCCCCUCAGUCAAGCACCCAGCAACGUUCAUUAGAUGGCAUCCACGAAAGUGCACCACCGAUGAUGUACCCCGACGUUCUUGCUCUACAUCUCGGUCGCUACGCCCAAGAAAAGAUGAAGCUCGGCAUUAUUCCAACAGACAGGAUGUUUCAGGAAGAGGCGAGGAGGAUCAUGUUUGACUCGGUUGACCCGUGGGAUCAAACCAUCGCCGACAACGAUGACUGGCUGUCAUGCUUUCGCAGUCGCCAUCUAAGGGAUGCUUCAGGCAGUGGAGAGAAUUCGGCGUCCUAG